AUCGCAAUUCUCAAGGCACAGCUCCUGGCGAACGGCCAAGCUCGGGGCGCCGCGGCCGACGUCGCCAUGGGGGACGGCGCUGAGCUUGGCGCGGAUGCAGCCGCCGUCGAGCGGCAGAGAACUCGCCGAGGAGGAAACGCAUCCGCGCUCCUCUCGAGGAGCUCCCACGGCGCCUGCGGGAACCAUCACAUCGAGAAGCAUAUCGAGCCAGACAAGCAGGAGAGGGGCCGCAUCCGCGCCGAGAUGCAGCUGGCCAGGCCGCUGGCCGCCAGGCCCCAGAGCAUCUCGGACUCCAUGGAAAGGGCCCCGACCAGCAUGGGCCAAGGCAAGAAGUCGGGCGCAGAGGCAGGGCGGCUUCAGCCCGCCGUGGACACUUCCAUCGUGCAGAUGGAUACCGUGCUCGGCGCCAUCGGCGCGGGCCAACCCAUCCGGCAGCAGGAGCAGGCGCUCGUCGUGGGGCUCCAGGCCGAGGAGGCAGCAGCAGCAGCCAAGCGAGCGCGGCAGGCCGUGAAGGCAGCUGGCGCCCCGGCCGCCGCAGCCGGCACCGUCGGUGCGCCCCGCCAAUCUGAUGGCCUUGUGGCGCCGGCGGCCGUCGCAGCAGCCCAGGCCGCGGCAGCCCCCGCCGUCCCCGCACUGGACAUUGCCGACGUCGGGGCCAUCCGUCAGUGGCUCAUGU